UUUUCUACCAGAUCUAUUUUCUACCAGAUCUAGUCAACAACACAGAACCAAAAUGUGAAUGCUUUUUACGAUUAAAAAUUAUGAAAGUUAAUUUUAAAAUCGAAGAAAAUGAAGUGGGCUUUAAAAAGAAACUGUGGAUGCUUUUGACGGGCUUGUUCAAAAACCUCAAGGUGAAUCUGAUCUAAACCUUCUUCGUUGACUUUCUUGCUCUCAUCCCCACCGCCGAUGGAAGAACUCCAGCAUUGCUCCCAUGAAUGUGCGUUGACUUCGUCGGAGACCGUUGCUAGCAGCAUCUGCAACAUCUGCAACAAAGAUGAACUUGUCAAGUUCACUUGUAAACCUUGCAACUUCGAUCUAUGCGAAGCUUGUUCCAAGCUCCCCUCAAGCGUGUCACAUGAUUUUCACCCAGACCAUCCUCUUGUCUUGUGUCAACGCAAGUAUGAUAAAAAACCUGCACGCGUCGUCUGUUCAGGGUGUGGAAACAUGUCUUCUGGAUCCUUCUACAAGUGUAAAGAGUGUGAAAUCUACUUGGAUCUUGAUUGUGCGCUCAUGGAGAACAUCAUUAAGGGCUGGGAUGCAAAAGAACUCCUCCAUGACAGCCAUGCACACUUGCUUACGAGGUGUAGACCAGGACAUGGCGACGCUAGAGGCUCUUGCCUUCUCUGUGAGCUUCCCCUCUCCCCAUCUGCUAUAUGUUAUGGCUGCAUCCAUUGCUACUGUUUUUUACAUGAGCGAUGCCUUGAUCUUCCUACAAAAAUUCAGCAUCCCAUCCAUCCGGCCCACCCACUCAGACGCCUCUCUUUCCUACGAUUUUUUUGUGAAAAAACUUGUGAUGCGUGUGGACUUGGUUUUAUUAGUGCCCCCUUUGGUUGUGUAGAUUGCAAUCUUCACAUUCACUUGAGGUGUGCAGACACCUUGUUGCGCGGUCUUAUGCACAAGUCUCACCGUCACAGAUUGUUUUAUGUAUCUUCCACUGAUGCUAGCGGAGUUUUUGGAAGAAACAAUCCGUGCCAAAUAUGCAAGGGAGCUUGUAUGAUGUCUCUCAAUUCCUAUUAUCACUGUGUGGAAUGUGGUUUGAAGUUUCAUUUUGAGUGUCUUCGGAUACCUAAGUCUGUGCUUAAGAAGUCUCAUCACAUUCAUCCACUCGUGUGCAAAAAAUUCAUAGCCGAGGAAGAUGAUUCUCUAGAGUAUUGUGGCGUCUGCGAGACAAAACUGCACCGAGGACAUCAUGUUUAUUCCUGCAAUGAGUGUGGUUUUCUUGGCCACAUUGAAUGCAUUCUAAACGAGAAAGCGCCGCCUUCCCCAUUGCGCUUGAAAGAUCUAUAUUCAAAUGACAAUGAUAAGGAGGGACCACCGGCAAAUGGAGGAGACUUUGAAGUAAAACAAUUAGAAAACAAACUUAUGGUUACUGGCAUUGAGCAUAUUCAUGUCAUGAGACCGGUCAGCAUGAGUGAGCUUGAUGGCCCUCUAAAAUGUCACAUAUGUAAGGAGAACAUACGUGGUGGUAGCCCAUUUAAAUGCGAGAUCUGCGAUUUCCAAGCACAUCAAUUUUGUGCUGACUUGGGAAGACAGUCAACACAUCCACUUCAUUCCAACCAUCUUCUGAUACUCCUGCCAAAGCUCCCUGCAAGGGCUUUAAGAAUGGAUUGUGACAUCUGUAAAGAGGAAAUAUAUGGAUUUAGUCUCUUCUGUCGCAUUUGCAGUUUUGUCAUUGGUAUCAAUCUAAACUAUUAAAACUGAAGUACAUUUAGUACUUGACCCUGACUUUUCCACAAUAAUUACCAAUCUA